CUUAAUUAAACAUCUGUUUUUAAAUUCAUCAUAGUUGUGGACAAGUUUAAAUUAAGUUAAUACCGCGCAUAUUGUAGAUAUUUUUCAUGCAGAUGGAUAAUGCUUCACAAACCCACACACCAGCAUCCAAAAUGGGAAUGCCGGAUCUGCUAAGUGCAAAGCGGAAGGAGAGGGAGGUAAAGUGUGUCAUCGUCGGGGACGGCGCCGUCGGGAAGACCAGCAUGCUGCUCUCCUACACCACCGGCGGAAUUAUGAUGGACUACAUCCCCACAUGCUUUGACUGCUACACAGUGGACAUGAAAGUGAGGGAGAAAAACUACACCAUGAGCAUUAUUGACACCGCCGGACAGGAAACCUACGACCGCCUGCGAACGCUCUCAUAUUACGACACGGAUGUAUUUAUAGUCUGCUUUUCGGUAGCGGACGAAGAUUCCUUCCAAAACAUUAAAACAAAAUGGAUCCCAGAACUUCGACAGUACCGCCCCGACACGCCAUUCAUAUUAGUAGGAACACAAUGUGACCAUAGAGUAUCAAAAUCAGACCCCAAAUUAUCGUCUGUUCACUGCACGAGCUCCUUUUCAACGCAGACGUCAAUGACCUCAUCAGAACUUAGUAACAAUGCACAUGAGACCAAAGUACAGUGUGUGCCAAAUGGAAAGGCAAAAUCUCUUGCUCGAAAAAGUGGGGCGAAACAAUACCUGGAGUGCUCUGCCCUUGAAGGGGUGGGGAUAAAGGAGAUUUUCUCAUCAGCUAUGACGGUGGCCGUGUCGCCCAAGAGGAGACGGACGCCAAGUUUCCUGAAGACAAUCAAGUCUAUGUUUAGAAAGAAAGACACAGAAUCGACAUAAGAUUCUCAGGAAAGUUAAAAACUCAUGUUUAUUUUUGUGCAGAGAAUUUGCCUAGAUGUUUAUGUGCAAUACUGUUAUUUAUUGUUAUAUAUUAUUAUUGCAUUUCUCUUCUGUUUUAAUCAGAAUACUUGAUAUUAAAUAUUUAUUAUUUUUG